AUGAAGUUCGUCAAGCACGUCUGCAAAGGAAAACAAACCCGUUUAGCAGCAUACCAAGAAAAGAAGAGAUUGGAACAGGAAAGAUUAGCUGCUAUUGAAGAAGCAAAAAGAUUAGCUGCUAUUGAAGAAGAAAAACAAGCACUUGAACAAGCAAGAUUAGAUCUUCUUGAAAAAGAACUUAAGGAAAGGAUUGAACAAAAAAGAGUUGAACAAGAACGUUAUAAAGCACAACAAUUGAUAAAACAGUAUGAAGAAGAACAAGCUGCUAUUCAAAAACUCAAAGAAGAAGAGGAGAGAAAAAUACUUUUACAAUUGGAAAAGGAAGCCCAAUUAAAGCAACAAAGGUUAAGACAGCAACGUCAAGAACAAGAACAAGAGCAAUACCGUAUUCAACAAAAAGCUCAAAAGAAAAUAAAAAAGACUUAUAAUGAUAUGAUCGAUCGUCAAACUCAACAACAUAUUGCAACUUUAAAUGCAAUGAAAGAAGCACAAAGAUUGGAACAAGAAAGAGUCCAAGCUCAAAGACUACAAGAAAAAGAAGAUGAAGAAAGGAAAAGAUUAAGAGAAUAUGUUUUACAAAAAAGAAGAGAAUUCAAAGAAGAACAAGAAAAAUAUCAAGCAAACUCUCCAAAGUCCCCCAAGUAUGAAAAUAGAUUCCAAUCUCCUGUACUAGAAGAUGUAGAUGAUGAAGAGGUAGAUCGUUAUAGAAAAUCCUUGGAUAGAUCUCCAAGGGGCAGUUCUAUCAUUGAAGACUUAUAA